GACAGUGAUGCUCACACAACUUCUCAAAGUCCAGUGUUGCAGCCUUAGCCUGGGAUGAAAACGGACAUAAGAAAUAACGGAGCGGGUAUUUUACGCUCUCCUUUAAGAACUUUGACCAGAAAGAGGAGAUCAACGACCUGGCUAAUAUCACGUCAGGAGAGGCAAUAAGGAAUUCGGGGUUAAGAAACACUUUAUGCUGGAAGUGCACCAUGCUGUUUUAUUGUCACUUUUUUGUUACAUUAAGGUGCCUUUGUAAUUUGCCAGCGGACAACACAAUCUAAAACGUCUUUUAGUAUUAUUUAAUUAUUCUUGUUACUCAAUUUUAGAAUUAUACUCGUAAUUAGUAACAGUCUGUCAAAGGAUCACCGUACGGAUGCAUUUCGGGCGCUCUCCCCCACAGUGUUUUCUCUCGCUCUGCUGAUCUGGGAAUCACAAUGUGAUUUCAGGAGACCCCUUUCUGAGGCCGGACCAAUGACAAUACAAAGUUGGAAACGGGAGUAGAGAUUGUUAAAGUUACUUAGAUGUAGUUGCCCUGCAAGUCUCGCCGAACGCUUGCCUCGAAAAGCAUGCAUGUUUAGCCAUGAUUCACAGAGCUGCGCUUUCGCAUUUUCAAUCACAUGUUGCGGCAAGGAAGCACAUUGUUCCCUUUUAAAGGCAUAGUGUAUUCCAUCAACGGGAUUUUUAAGUCAUCGGAAAAUUACUGAUAAUUUCAUAAGUUCUAAAAACUGAGCGGUAUCCUACCAGGAUGGCGGAUCUACUUCAAGACGUUUCCGAAGUGACACGUUCUGUGAGUUAAGUGCCGAUUCCUGCAGAACAGUGUGAGGAAACUCGGGAAAGACACUCGCGGAGCUACGAUGCGGCUCGCUUGGGGCGCAUGCAUUCAAGCUCUUCUCAUCUUGCUGGUAAAUGCGAAGCAGAGGCCACCCCGAGAAAGAACCCACUGUCAACUUAACAGAAAACAAAGUGAUUUGAACUCAUUCCUGUGGACCAUUAAAAGGGACCCCCCCUCCUUCUUUUUCGGCACCAUCCAUGUCCCGUACACCCGGGUGUGGGACUUCAUCCCGGACAAUUCCAAGCGAGCCUUCGAGGAGAGCAGCGUGGUUUAUUUUGAGCUGGACCUGACAGACCCCUCCACCAUCGCUGACCUGGCCCGCUGUCAGAUGCUGCCCCGCGGGGGACACCUGCGCGAUGUGCUGCCCGGUGACCUCUAUGGCCGGCUCAAGCGCCACCUGGAGUACGUCAGGUUAAUGUUGCCCUCCUGGAUGACGCCGGCCCAGCGUGGGCGGGGCUUGUAUGCAGAGUACCUGUUCAACGCCAUGGCUGGCGACUGGGAACGCAAACGGCCCGUGUGGGUCAUGCUGAUGGUGAACGGACUGACGGAAGCCGACGUCCGCUCCCGGGGAGCCCCUGUGCUCGACCUUUACCUGGCGCAGGAAGCCGAGCGCACCAGGAAGAGGACGGGAGCUGUGGAAACGGUGGAGGAGCAGUGCCACCCACUGAAUGGACUCAGUUUGUCCCAGGUGAUCUUUGCUCUGAACCAGACCCUGCUGCAGCAAGAGAAGCUGCGGGAGGGGGCAGUCGUGCACGUGCCUUAUACCACCGACGAUCUCAUUCAGCACUACAACUGCGGAGAUCUCAACGCUGUUAUCUUCAACCACGACACAUCCCAGGUUCCCAACUUCAACAAUGCCUCCCUGCCCCCCAACGAGCGCACGGCAGCCCAGGAGAUCGACAGCUACUUCCGACGGGAGCUCAUCUACAAGCGCAAUGAACGCAUGGGCCUCAGGGUACAAGCCCUACUGGAGAACAACCCAGGAAAAAGCUUCUUCUUUGCCUUUGGGGCCGGUCACUUUCUGGGCAAUAAUACAGUGAUCGAUGUGCUACGCAGUCAAGGCUACGAAGUGGAACACACACCUGCAGGGGAGCCGAUUUACAGAGACAGGCCCCCCCGCUGGCCCUCUUUCCCCUUCCAUGGGCCACUGUCCAUGAACGAAGAGCUGGAAGCUCCCCUUAUCCCGGAGCUGGUCCUCCACGAGCAGCAGGAGCGCCCCCUGGAGGUAGAGAAGGGCCACCAUCCACCCAGAAAGAAGCUGCGCGGCAAGCCAAGGAAAGCAAGCAGGCGGCAAUUCAGCGAUCUGUGGGUCCGUCUGGGGGACAGGUCUACAGAAGACCCGCCUACGCCUCCACUGGUCCAUGUUAUAAAUGGCUACAUCACGGUCCAGCCUCAUCUCCAUGGUUACAGAAGAGGCAGUCAAGAUCGUAUGCUAGUGAACUCCACCCCCAUCCUCUCCCUGUCUGCUGUCUCUUUGUCAUUGACAAUAAGCACUCAAAUAAUAAUGCUGGCACUGUGUUAGUACACACAGUGAAACGGGGUCCCAACGAUGGGUGGGAUCAUCAUCCUGUCAAUCAGACUGAUUUUAACCAAUGGUUGGUCUUUGUUUUGUAGAAAGACCUGUUGGAUAUACAGUGCCCAAUAACCUCAUCCGUCAUUGACUUUGCACUCUUAGCUCUCUCUGUCCCUAGUUCACGCAUCGGAUUACAUCUAUGUGCAUGUGAUACGGUGUCAUGGGGGUGUGACACUAAUCAGCCUAGAAUGCAUGGAAACAAACUCAACAUCUCUUUAACCUUUAACCCCCUGAGGAAUGUGGUUAACACUCCACAGCAGUAUGAGCUCCAUGUACACAUAUAUACCAAUACUUAUGAAUGUGCUAUAGAUGUAAUUAGAAGACUUUACAUGGAAUGGUAUUAAAAUCCAGUUGGGUCCAGGCUACAGUCACCCAGAAGCACUGAAGUCACAUUAAACAAGCAGAUCUGUGAGAAAAGAGGCUAAUUAGCUGCUGCAAAUGAACUGGAGACGAUCCAAAUUCUGGAAAACUUUCCGCUGCCCCCGUGUGUUCAGACACCUUUUAUUUUCGUAAAAUAUGCCAAUGUAAUUUAUUUAACUAUAUAGUGUUAGAUAAUCAAGAAGUAUUGUUUAUUGUGAAAGUUACAACAAGUCUUGUAACUUUACCAGGACAAUGUGCCCUAUAUCUUACAUUUUCAGUUUUGUGGAACAGGACAGGUAUUUAUGUCUAAUGAACAAUAAUAUGUGAAUGUUACAUUUUGGUAUAUUGUUGGCAAAAAAAAAAAAAGCUUUGGAAUAAAGUCUAUCUGCCGCAGAUUCCAAGGG